ACCUGAAUCAUUAACGCCGCAAGUGUGCAAAACUGAAUCGGUGACAUAUCCGCUUCCGAUUAAACGUCCCUGAAUGUGCUCCGUUUGCGGAACUUUUUUUCUCGGUUAGAACGAGAGAGAGAAAGUUUCAGCGACGGAAAAUUUUUGGCAUAGUACAGAGCACGUUAUGGCUUCUCCAGCUCGUUGGAAUCACGUUUGGAUUGGUGCCGAGACUGGUAUUUUAAAGGGUGUGAACCUUCACAAAAAACAGACCACCAAUUAUGCCGAAUUGACCACAUUGAGCAGAGACCAGGAGGUUUGUGCUAUGUGCUGGGGUGAUGACCAAGAAUCAGAGGUACUUGUUGGGUGUUUAAAUGGAACUGUGAAGACAUUCAGCACAGAGAAAGGGAAAUUCACAGAGUUUCAAGACUGCUCUGGUGGGGAGGGCCCAUUCCAGGGACUUGCCAUGUAUGACAGUUCCUUAGUGACAUGCGUAGAAUCCGGACUUUUGAAAGUGUGGAAAGAAGGAUCGCCAGAUAAUGUUGAGAUUAAUGUUGGACGUGAUGUUUGUAAAAUGCGUCAGAACCCUACAAAACGAGAAUAUAUGGCAACUGGAGGAAAAGAAAAUGAUUUAAAAAUAUGGGAUCUUCAGAGACCAGAAAUCCCAAUCUUCAAAGCUAAAAAUGUGCGAGUUUAUGAUCCUAGUUCACCUCAACGCCGUCCUGUAUUGGAAGCAACAUUUGAAGAGUAUCCACUCACAGCUGUUUCCUUAACUUCUGAUGCAAAUUACGUAGUGGUUGGAAAUACACAUGGGCAAAUAGCAGUCAUUGAUCUCAGAAAGGGUAAAUUGGUGAAGUGCUUUAAAGGAUUUGCAGGCAGUAUCCGGAGCAUACAGUGUCACUCCUCCCUCCCUUUGGUAGCAUCCUGCGGCUUGGACCGUUUCCUAAGGAUUCAUAACAUCGAUGACAAAUCACUUCAACACAAGGUUUACCUGAAGUCUAGGUUGAACUGUCUUCUAUUCACCAGUCGGGAAAACUGGGAGAAAGAAGACAUAGUGAUAUCUGCAGAUUGUGCUGAAGAAAUAAAAGAGGAAGAUGAUGAAAUCUGGGAUACAAUGAAGACUGUUGUAGACAAAAACAAAACUAAAAGAAAGACUGAACAUCAAAAAACUGAGACGACUAUUAAAAAGAAGCUGAAAAAAAUUAAGCAUAAUUAAUAUCUGAAACUUGAUUUUAUGAAUAAUGUGUUUUACUACAGUUGGUUGUUUAAUUGAGAACAAAUAAAAUAUAUAUAUAUUUGUA